AGAAGGUAGAGGCUCAGCUGAGAAGUGUCAUGACGAAACAAAACUCUCGAAAAACUCUCAAUUAAUCUUGCUAGCAUAAUGAACAUGCAUAAUGACUGAAGUGGGAAGUGGCCUAGGGUCGUCCACAGUGGCGGCAAAUGGUUGGCGUCAGUGUCUGUACUGUCAGGGACGCAUCUUCAAAGUCCCUAAUGAUUUCCUCAAACAUAUCCGUGAAUGUCACUGCACAAAAGAAGGUGGAAGCUUUGUUUGUCGUUAUGGCUACAAUGGUGUGUGCUCAUCACUGCCUUUAGAGGGAGUGAGUGACAAAGACUAUGAGGAUCACGUGCUUAAACACCAUGCUUUCACUAUGUUCAGUAAAGGGAGCUCUGGAGUGAUCUCAAAAGCUCAGACACAAGGAAGGGAAGAGAAAUGGGGCGUCUUUUCUUCAACCCAAAAUGUAGCUGCUGUCCUGAACGACCCCCGUAGGGGAAUGAAGAGAGAUUUCUUCACUAGAACAUGGGGAGAGAGUUUUGUGGAAAUAAAAGAGAUCCCUCCUCAUGUUGCGCUUCCACAAGUAACGGCCAAACAUGUAGAAUCUUAUGUAAGAAGGCUUAGAAGGAGACAGAAAUUACUGUCAAGACUAGCCUCAGUUCAGGCCAGUAAGGCGCAAGACAACUCACAACAUUCAUUCUUAUCACCAAGCUCUAGAGUUACAGACCAGUUGCCACAGGAAGGCAUUCCUAACAUCUUCCUCUCCAGUACAUUUAAUUUGGAGGACCCAGAGACCUUUUUCUCUGUUUUUACGCAUGUAUCUUCAUCUGGUGUUUGCGUUAAGAAUGCAAAGAUUUUACAAGAAAAGCUCUUUCAUUACUUAGAAACUGUUGAAAUGGACAUGAGCAGGCAGAUAGCAAGAAAAUCAUCAGCCUUUUUUGACACUAUGACAUAUCUUAAUGCCCAAAUGGAACAGCUGAAACUUAACCAUGCAGCUGUAUCUGCUCUCAGGGAUGGAAUCUCCGUGUUGCGUCAAGAGGCUGUGCUGGAACCUGUCAAGAUUUUGGCUCUACCCAGAAGAAGAAACAACAUAUCAGAAACCUGUAAAAAGCUUGAGGUCAUGAGUGCUGUCCGUGAAGUCCAGUCAACCAUACAGGUCAUGUUAGCAAGACAAGAAUUCACAGCUGCCCUCGACUUGAUAUCCACGACACAGGACCUCCUCCAUACUGAACUGAACACUAUAAGAUGCCUCAAACACCUAAGUUCGGAACUUUCAGAACAUGAAAAGCUGAUUGAUAAGAUGGUGUCGGCAGAUUUCAUCAAGUACAUUACUGAAGACCUUAAUCGACCACUAGAAGACACACAGCCAUUUUUGGAGGAAGACCAGCUUAUUGCUGUAGUUUUUGGAGUUUUGCGACUGCAGAAGUUUGAUUUCUUAGAUAACCUGAGAGAAGAAAUCUACACAGCUAUAAAGGCAACAGUGAAACAGAGUGUUGUGGAGGCUGUGAGUGAAGUGGAAGUUGAUCAAGAGAUUGCAAGUGUUGCAGAUCAGGCACGGGUGCUAUCCAUAGGUGCUUGGCUGUCCCUACUCUCUACAGUCACUUCACGGUUAAACACAGUAAUAGCAAGAGUGAAGGGCAUCACGGAAGUCAUGGUACAAACUGUUGAAGCUGGAGCAGGAAGGACCCAGCCUGUUACAGAAGGGGUCCAGGCAGCAUCAUUAGUAACCAUGAGCAGUAGUGAUGGAGAUCCAAUGCUUGGAGAGGUGGCAUGUGGGAAAGUGCUUGGUGGCCUACGGGAGAUACUUUGUCAAGCAUGUGAUUAUGCCCAUGAUCGAUGUGCAAAACUACUUCAUGCAAGGUCAAGAGAUCAUGGCUUAGAUAAAAUGACUGCAAGUGAAUUCCUAGCUUUGUCACGCAUAAUUGAAGACUUUGUGGCAGACACUGAAUCUGUUUGUGGUAGAAAAAGUACAUCAUUCCGAAUGGGUCUACAAGGACAGGCAACUAGAUUUGUAUCGAGAUUUCACGAAGAACGGGAAGCAAGGCUGAAGCUGAAUCUAAGUAGUGAGCGAUGGAGGGCAGUCCCAGCACCACCAGAUCUUCAGCACCUUUUGGACCAUAUAUCAGCUACAGACACUCUAGUAUCACCCCCUGCUAGUCAGCAAGAAAAGGAAAGUAUAGAAACUUCCUCCACAACACCAACCUCUACCACCUUAGCCAAUACCACAGCCAGCACAACCACAGCCACUCUCAGUAAUGGUGUGGUCGAACAGAACCACAGUGCAAGUGGUAGCACUGGUAGUGGCAAUGGUAGUGUUAUCAAUGGCAGUAGUAGUAGCUCAGGUGGUGGUGUGGUUGUCAAUGGAGAGGAGUACAUUGUGGUUGGUGUGUGUGUAGUUGUAGUAAGGCUAAUUGUGGAGUACUCCGAGUGUGCAUCCACAUUGAGGCUUGCAGCGCAUCAACUUCUGACACGUCUGACUGAUUUGUUAAGAAGAUUCAACUCUGACACUUGUAGGCUUUUGGUUGAAGCUGGUGCAGUUGCCCUAGGACUCAAAACUAUAACAACUCGAAACCUGGCUUUGGCAUGGCGAUCUUUGCAACUGUUGCUGACUCUGCUUCCUCGUCUCAACACACACUUCUCUGUCUUGUUAAGACCAGCUGUUGUUACGAAGAAUAUAGAGCAAGUUACUCGUGAAUACCGAGAACAUUGUGAAGCGAUAGAAGCCAAAAUUGUGGGUGUGAUGAGCGACACUCUCGAGCGCCAAUUUGCAACGUGGGAGGCACGGUCUCCUGUGCCUUCCCCAGCUUUCAAUGGUAUUCUAAAAGCAGUCUCAAAGUUACAUGAAGCUGUUUCUGGUGUUUUACCUCCACAGCAGAUGUACAAGUUAUUUGAGAAGAUCACAUCUGUCCUGAAGGAAAAAUUAAAAGUUCACCUGGUGAGGCUCAAUGUGUCCUCUGUCGGACCCAAGAGCUGGGUGGUUACAAGUGAGCUGACCUUUUACUUCAACCACCUUGAGAGUCUAGGAUUGGGUGGCCUUGUGUCCCAAGAAGAAUUCACCAGUGGGUUGUGGCCUGCACGCUAGUAAUGCUAUACACAAUUGCAGCUCAAACUUACGUAAAAGUGAUACAUUUAGCCUGAAAUCCAAAUUUUCAAUGAUUUCUCAAGUUAUUAUUACUCCCUUUUUUUAAAAUUCUGUAUAUUUAGGAUGUAAGUAUCAUCUCUGUUCUGUGAAAAACAGUGAAAAGUGAAGAAAAGAUUAUACACACCUUUAUCAUGACCAGACAUUUCAGGUCAUGUAAAGAAAGAAAAAGAAAAAAAAAAAGGACAUACCAUAAUGUGAGGAAUACUUUUAACAAACAAAGUGCAGUAGGUUUCAACUUUUUUUUUUUUCUCUGAAAUUAUAAUAUAAGAGAGUUAUUGCAGGUCUUCUUAUAUUAUGGAUUUCUCAGUGUGAUAACUGUGAUAUAUACAGUGUAACCUCAGCAUUUUCCAGCAGUUUAAAGAAGGAUUCUUCCAAUCAUUCCACGUUUUUAAAUUGCCUUGCUAAUUGUUAUUGAUUUUUGGGAAAGGUUUUGCAUGAUUUAAAAUGUAUGAAGUGAGGAUAAUAAUUUUGAUUAUUACAAUGUUGAUCUUAUUCUUUGUAUUGUG